CAGGUACUCUCAACUGAAAAACACGCGCUCGCAAGCUUUUACCCAGAACUCGCGCGGAGUUUGGAUAUUGUACACAUAUCUGUGGCGGGAGACGCUGAGCGGAGCUGGACAGACGUCAUAUCGCUGUUUUUAUAUUUCAAAUAGUGUCAGAAUAAAGCGGGACACGAGGGAGAAGCGCGGCAUUAAACGCCUUUGCUGGAGGAAAACGCAAAGAUGGAUGAUUUUGGCGUUUAUGCGGUGUUUGGCGUGAACGGUCCGCCUCAAAGGCUGCUCAGUGCUGACGGGUCAUGCAGGGUGUCUGUUGCAGUCCCGCCCAGUGUCCGGCAGGUGGUGCUGUUCAGCAGCGGGCCGUGGGGGGAGAGGAUCUGCGUGAACGCGGAGCUCAACGACGCCGAGCGGAUCCCCAUCACCAUCGGAAAACUCACUCCAUACAACAAGUGCCUCUCCUGGGAGCAGUGGGAAGAGGAGACAUGGACAGACAGCGUCACACUGAAAAUCACUCUGGAAGGAGGAAACCUGGUAAAAGCAGAUUGGUCAGAACCAGAGCUCAUCCUGGCUGUGACAGAAUACACACCAAAGGACACCGUGGCUCCCCUCGCAGCCCGGGAGCUUAACGGCAAGAGGAAGAGAGGGCGAAUGUCAGAGGAAGGCGGUGAUGAGAACAAGGCGGCGAAGAGGGGUGAAGAGGAGAACGUGUGUCCAAAUGGUAGCGUGGAGAAGACCACGCCUGUGCGAAAGGCCAGAGGUCAAACCAAAGGAGCCCAGAAGCUGUUCAGCAGUGGAGGAGAUGCAGCAAAGAUGAAGGGAACAGCUAAUGGAACAGGAGAGACGCUGGGGAUUGUGGGAAGAACGCCUCCUCAGAGUGCAGCCAAGCUGAAGAGUAGGCAGGGCAAGACUCCCACACAGAGCGCCCCAUUAGCCAGCCCGUCAGGUCGCUGGGGUCAGACUCUGUGUCCCAUCGAUGCUCAGACAGCUAUUCUGAUUGGAGGACAGGGAGCCAGGACGCAGUUCUGCAAAGAUCCCAUGUGGAAGCUCUGCACAGAGGACAUGUCCUGGGUUGCAGCAGAGACUUUGGCAGAGGGUCCAACACCUGAGGCCAGGAUCGGCCACACAGCCACCUACGACCCUGAAUCAAGGCGGAUCUUUGUGUUUGGAGGCUCCAAAAACAAGAAGUGGUUCAAUGAUGUUCACAUCCUGGACACACAGAGCUGGAAGUGGACCAUGGUGGAGGCUCAAGGUAAAGUUCCUCCUCUGGCCUACCACAGCUGCAGCAUGUUUCGAGGUGAACUGUUCGUGCUGGGCGGAGUGUUUCCUCGUCCGAACCCGGAGCCCGACGGCUGCAGCGAUUCGCUGUAUAUCUUCGAUCCCCACCUCUCCAUCUGGUACCAGCCUAUUGUAACCGGCGACACGCCCUCCCCCCGCUCAGGUCACUCUGCAUGUGUGAUGCAGGAGAGGAAGAUCUUUGUGUUUGGUGGAUGGGACACUCCUGUCUGCUACAAUGACAUGUACAUGUUGGACCUUGGUCUGAUGGAGUUUUCUGCUGUGAAAACGACUGGAAAAGCCCCCUCUCCUCGGAGCUGGCACAGCAGUGUCGUGCUCUCAGACACAAAGUUCCUGAUACACGGAGGUUACAACGGAAACAACGCUCUCAGUGACACCUUCAUCUUUGAUAUAGACACCAGCAGCUGGACGGAGGUGAGGCUCCCUCAGCUCUCCGUCCCCAGGGCGGGGCACUCCAUCAUCACCAUGGAGACAGCCAGUCACCUCCGUUUCUUGGACGAGUCGGAAGAUGCGGGUGUGGACGGCGGCGCUGUCAGCAGAACUCUGCUGGUGUUCGGAGGCGGCGACAACGAGGGCAACUUCUACUCCGACCUGACGACUGUCGCUGUGGAGGAAGUGCUCGCUGCUAUUUAAAGAGAGUGAGUCAGAGGUGAAUCCUCACUGCCUGACUGGAUGUGAAGCUAUUUUAACACCCCCACAGACUCUUUAUUAUUUAUAUUCCUAUAGUUUGUCUUUGUUUCAGCCCACUCUUCUUCUUCCUAUGGUGUUUUUGUGUGGUAUGUAGGAUGUAGGGCAUUUUUGAAACUUUUGUUCGAGUCCUUGUGGAAGAAUAAUGGACAUCGAUUUCUAUGUACAUAGUUAAAGCUUUUCAAGUUCUAAAAGGUAAAAUGUAUAUUUUAAUUUUUGAUUCAUUUAAGUGUGUCUUUCUUUUAUUAUUGAAUAAUUGGGGCUUUCUGUAACCUUCAUAUUUGGUCUAUGACCCCUCUGGAUAGCUGCGAGUACAUUAAUUUUAAUAAUGUUCAAAAUCAUGAAAUUGUUUUUGUCAUCUGCGUUUCCUGUUCCUGUGCUGUUCUGUUUUGCACUUGGCUUGUCUUUACUUAAUAAACAUUUGGUUUUCUACAGUC